UAUUUAUACAAAUAGCAAAGAUUUCUUAAAGCAAAUAAACGUACAAAUCGAAAAAAACAAGCUUUCUUACAAAAAUCACAUCAUCUUCCCCAAACUAUUUUGUACGCUGCAAAAAAAAUUGCUAGAAAUCUAUUUUCCAUAAAUUUUCUCAUUGGCGCAUAUACGAAAAUAAAUUAAAAUAAAAUGCCACCGAAAAAGCGUAAAGACAAAGGCAAAAAGAAGAAGGAGUCCAUAAAGGAAGAGUCUCCGGAACCGCAAGUCAUAUUAUCUGACCCUUCUAUAUAUGACCAUGAAUUGGAUUUGUUGGAAGACCUAAACGAUGACUUCUUCUCAGCAGCAAACCUGACAAUACAAAAACUCAUGGAAGUGAACCACACUUACGAGGCUUCGAAAAUAAAAAAAUAUGUGGACUUAAUAUUCAAUUUACAUCGUCGCUUUGCCGAUGAGGUAAAAGAGACGUCCCUGCUGAGACCACAAGUGAUACGCGCGGAGAAUAAGUUGCGCUUAGCUUUGGAGCUGACUGCUAAUUCAGAAGAGGCUAUGGAAAAGCUGCGUGAAGCGCUUAGUAAGGCUUGGAUGGAGAGUGAUGCCUCGUUAUUGCGCGAACAAGACACACAGGAGCGUUUGCAGGAAGUGAUGAUAAAAUGCGAAGGAAUGGAGAGUAAGGAGGUGAAGAAACAGGAUAAUACAUCGGAAUUUGGCCAUUUAUCGAAGUAUAAAAAUAUUAUCUUACGUGAACGCGAUCGUCUCAACGGGGAAGUAAACGAUCUUGAGAAGCGUUUACAAUUUCAACGUUACUACUCCGAAUCUCUCGAGUAUAUGAACAAAAACAAUGAAGAGAAUAUAGUAAAGUUGAGUAUGCAAGUUCGCCAGCUCGAAACGGAGAAGGGCAAUUUUGAGAUCAAAAUUCGAAGUCUUCUAAACAACCUGGAUGAUCAGAAGGAGAUCAAUACGCGCACGGCCUUGAGAUUCGAUGCCGUGAAUCGUGAGUUAAUGGAAACUCAAAGGAAAUUAGCGAGAAAGGUAGCCGAUUUUGAUCAGCAAAAGCAUGCAUUGGAGAAAUUGCGUAAUGACAACAUAGUGAAUAACAGACAGAUACUUAAGAAUGAGGAAGAUAUAGCCGAUCUGCGUAAAGAGGUGCGUGAGAAUGAGGAUUUAAUUAGAACGUUGCGUUUGGAGGAUAAAGUAAAGGCCAAUACAAUAACUCAAUUAACCAAAAAAUACAAGAAAGCGGUGCAAGAUCAUAGCUCCAUCUCAUCCAAAUUGUACAAACUGAACCGGCUAAAUCAUACCUUGGGCGAAGAUAUAACGCGUCUAAAAAACCAAAUCAAUGCGUUGGAAAAGGAUGUGCUUAAUUCCACUUAUAAAUUCGAUGAAUUGCGCCGUGCCAAGGAGCACAUCCAACAUGAACGAGACGCAUUGCGCAGCGAUAUUGUCAAAUUGAACAAUCAGAUUGCAGACCUCAAACAUACCAUCAUGAUGCAGUCGAUUCAUAUCGACGGACUGCAAUUGGAUAUAAGCAAGUUGAAUGUGAAACUCGACGAAAUGCGAUUGAACGUAUCAAAAGCGGAGAAAGAGCGCGACGAAAUGGCGCAAGAGGUUGAGACCCUACAUGAGCGCAUCGAAUACCAACAAGAACAAAUACAGUUGAAAUCGAAUCAAGUUGCGGAUCUCAGCGAGAAAUUACAACAAAAGCACUUAACACUGAUCAACGUCAAAAAGCAAUUGGAGAUUGCGCACUCAGAGAAAAUGGGCCUCAGGCGAAGUUUGGAAACCUGCACGCAGGAGCGCGACAAUUUCCGCGUACUACAGACGAAAACGAAUCAUCAAAUACAACAACUCACCGCAGAAAUUAUGGUCAAUCAAAACAAGAUCGCCAAUCUGAAUCUGCAAAUAGAGCGUUUGAACAACGAAAAAAAGGAGCUCCAGUCUGAAUUGAAGAACAAGGAGAAUUUGCUGGCGAGUGUGCGGCGUGAUUUGCGUGAGAUUAAAACCAAAAAUGAGAAUCUACACAAGACUAUACACGAGGAUGGGUUGAAGUUCAUGAAAAUGUCACAGGACCUGGACGAGACGCGCAAAGAGAAGAACCUGAUUGGUUUGCAAAUGGUGCGACGCAAUGAUGAGAUCGUAGUGCUGCGCGACAAACUCUGCAAUACACAAGCGGCUUUGGAUCAAGGUCAGACCCAAUACAAUCAGCGCGUUGAGGAUAUCCGCCUGCUGAAAAUGGAAAUAGCCAACUUGCAAACGGAACGUGAUUGUUUGACGCGUGCCAUUAAGAGUACAGCAGAUAUGCGUGAAGAAAUCAUAAGAUUACAGCGUUCUUUGAACCAGGAACGCAUCAAAGUGCGUUCACUCACGGAGGAUGCGAAGACACCGACUGGAGUGCAUCGUUGGCGCAUACUUAAGGGUGAAGAUCCGAAUCGCUAUCAGUUGUUGGAGAAAGUGCAGAUGUUGCAAAGACGAAACCUGAAACAAGAGAUUCAUAAAGAGAAGAUUGAGCAAAAGCUGGAGGAAACUCAUCGCGUGUGUGACUCACUGAAACGAGUGGUAGAGAAUCUGCCAACAACAGAAGUUAAGCAAAAGCUUGUCGUGACGCAGCGUAUAAAUCGCUCGCAGCUAAAGAAAUUGAAAGCGCUUAGCGCUGAGUUAUCGAUCAAUCAAAUUGAACUGAAAGCGCGCGAAUGCAUUAUUGAAGAAUUCAAAGACUCGUUGAAGAAAGCAAAGCAACAACAAAAUUGUGAAGAACAAAGCGUUACAGAGCCGACACAGUCUGCGAUAUCAAGCGCUGUGGUGCCGUAUGUCUAUUCUAGCCAGGAGAAUUAUAUGGAUUGCAUUUUUGUGGAGACUAGCGAUCACAGCCAAGAUAUGCAGGAGCUUAAGACUGGUUUGACGGUUUGACUGCUUAACUCUAUCAACUGCUAAGUCUUUUUUUUUGUUUUUUUAAGUUGAAAUUUGAAAGCAUAUAGGUUUACAGGAAAACAAAUUUGCGACAAAAAAUGUUUGUGAAAUUUCUUAGUAGACAAAAACGAAUUUAAUUUUCUGGUGAUAUGCGAACCCUAUGGAUGUAAAGUUCUCUUGGCAUUGAAUGAAUAAUCAGAUCUUUACUGAGAUGCUGAAAAGAAGCAAAUGUACUCUAUUUUCAGCUUCUCAGUCUUGUGUGAUUUGUGCAUUCUUUGCCAAGAGCUUUCUUUCGUGGGAAUUCCACACUAGCAUUCCACUCCAGUUCAUUUCUUCGCAUGCAGUGAUAUCAUUUCCUAGCAAAUCUAAAACAAUUGUGAAUUGAUAUCAAAUUUUACUACCUACAAUUGAAAAAAGAGUUAAUUUUUUUUGAGAUUUCUUUAAAAAAAAUUAAUAUGUCAGCUAUUGUAAAUUCAAUAAACCAAUACCGUUUAUUAUA